AUGAACAUCACUGUUGUUAUAGGAACAUCACUGUUUUUACAGGAACAUCACCGCCGUUACAUUAACAUCACAUUGAAUUGGAAUAGCCAUGCAAUUAAACAUGUUGAGGAACUAGUUAACCAGUAUUAUGACCUGCUUACAUUUUUGUGGGAAUGGAAUAUUGGAAUUGCAUGUAAUUCUGUGCUUACAGAUGGAAUGGAUAAUCUCUGCGUGUUGGAUGUAGGAUGUAGGAUGUGCUCAACAUUUGUGACAGGGUUGAACAAUAAUGAAUAUCAAAUUACAAGGGGGAAGGCGAAUGAUUUUCAGGCCAGCAUCCACUUUUACUUUUACCGUCAACCAACGGAUACACAUUUUUCAGCCAAAAUGAUGAAAAAAGAAUUGAGAUCCAAACUGAAGAAGUUCCUCCUAAUCCAGGAGAGUGCAUUUAAACAAAAAUCCAGAAUUCAAUGGCUUAAACUGGGUGAUUCAAAUUCCAAGUUCUUCUUUAGUGCUAUGAAGGAGAGAAAUUCCAGGAAUAGUAUUGAUGAGCUGUUUGAUAGUGCAGGACAGAAACUGAGUACCAAUAAAGAGAUUACAGAAGAAAUCAGGAGCUUUUAUACAGCACUGAUUGGUACUGCAGCUCCUUCUAUUGUUGGUAUUGAUGUUGAGGUGGUUAGGAGGGGGAAUCAACUUUCACCUGAUGCUGCUGAAAGUUUGAUUAGACCAGUGACAACUGCAGAGAUAGAUAAGGCUUUGAAAUUCAUAGAUGUGAACAAAGCACCUGGCUUAGAUGGUCUGCAUAGCUUCUUUUUUUAA